UCCGUCAUUACACCCGGCGCUUGGAAGGAUCGCUUAAUACACGUAGGAGAAAAUUCAUAAAAUCUUGCCAUGACAUCGUCGCCAUGAAACAUCCUAUCUGUCGUCUGCCUGAGACUAAAAAAAUCGAGAAAAGCAGCGCGACCACGACUUGAUUCAGUGAUAAUUUAUGGCAUAUUGGAAUGGUGUGCGGGUCUAUCGCGCUCAGUAGUCAUUAAGUAUGACGGCCUCCAUGCAUCAGCGUGAAUAGAGAUAUUGAACAGGAGAAAUAGAAUAGAGAAAGAGCUAGCGAGCGAGAGAGAGCAACGCCGCGCUGGAUACAACACGUUUAUUGCAUAUGGCGGCUUCGGGGGAUGAAAAAACAGCACUAGAGUGGUACAUUAUGCCUUAGGACCCUCUCUAGUUAAACGGUUCUUAAACACUGUGGUUUUGUACAUGCCAAAGGCGAAGCUAAGCCCGUAGGAAUACUUUCAGGGAUUCCGUGUAUAAAUCAGAUUACUCGACAAACGACGGGAGCGUUUUGUGAGCUUCGCAUUAAUAGAAUUAAGGAGGAUUAAACAACACAUAACGCAGAACUUUCAUUCCUAGGAAUGGUUUUAUAAUUGACUCUAAGGUCCCCAGUUCCUUUAGUUGACAACGGAGACGUAGCAGUCGAGAGCUGUGCGCUUUACUGUGCUUGUUUACACUAGAUAGUGACAAAAAGCUACUGUGACGUCACGUUAUAUCUUGGGAUUAUAUACAUAUCUGCCAUAGGAAAUUUAGAUUUGAAGCUGUAAAAAAAAUCAGAGCUUAUUUCGUGACGCCUUACCUACAUCUUUGCCAAUUUGGCUUGCAUAAAGGCGUCAGCGAAUGCUAAAUAAGGAAAGUGAUUAAUUAAAACUACUACGGUGUUCUUAGAACGAAAUCCGUGGAAUAAGCCCUAAGAGAAGAAUUUGUUCUAUAUUCUGACGAGUGACAUAAUUUCUGCUGAAGAAACUUGUUGGUUUAUCUCGAAUAAAUGAAGAUAAAAGAACGGGGAUAAAACACGGUUGUGACAGACGGUCGACAAAUGUGAAUUCUGAGGAUAUAUACAUAUAUCAAUAUUACUUGGAAUUGACUUGUUAUCAAGGGACUUUUAGUUGAACCAUUUCCAUUGCUGGACAUACGCAGAGCCAAACAUACCACACGACGUAUAGCUUUACAUGAAGCCGUCUACGGUCAUACAUUCGCAUAAAAGUGUUUACGAACGCAUAAAGAUCAGAUAUAGGACAUCGGAAGCAACCGUCUGGACAAUUGUUUUGAAUUAUUGUCGUAAUGGCCAAGAAGUUGUAUCUUUCUCAUAAAACUGGCCGGGUUGCUUAUUGAUUCUUGUAUUACAGCAAAAGUAAACAACGCUUCUGUCACCCGUUACUGCAGUUAAUGUCUGAUGAAUAAAACUUAAUGAAAAGGAUCAGUUAAAGGUCAAGGCCAAUUAAAAGGUCAAUAAAAGGUCAGUGAGCUCCUACAUUGAAGAGUAUUAAGGAAUAUCAUUCGAAGGGAAUACGAGUCUUUUGCGUGACUAUCCUUAGCGUCACUGUCCUUAGCUUAGCGUCGCAGACGACAGUCGCAGACCACCGGCUUCAUGACAAAAAGCAGACGUGACUUUCAAAUGAGCAGUGAAUUAAUACUUGAAGAUAAAGAUAUAACUGAAACAAGACACCUUUUCAAACGAUUGACGGAAGCGAAACGCCGUGCACAACAGAUCAACAAAAGCAGACGGCAGCAAAAAUCAAAAGUCGGCCAAAGAACGUUCGGGCAUAUCCUAGAUGUAUACUAGUAAUUUCAAUCGACAAAUAAGUGAAAGUGGACUGUAAAAAGGAAGGUGAAUACUUUUCAAACAAUCGACAAAGACGAUCGUAGCAGGCAGUGGAUCGGUGUAGUCAGUCAAUGUCAGGCCAGCUUUGUAGAAACUAGUGGAUGCCAGACAAAUCACUCCACAAAAAUAGAACAGGAAAACGAUGUCUGUGCUCUUAAACUACUCGUAAAAGAUCACUAUAAUCAGUCGAACAUCUCUACUUUACGACGGCCGCAGACGACUCCAAUUUAAGGGGACGGCCAUCAGCAAGCAGACGACGUCUGUAAACGAGAGCAACAAACGACAGGACACUGCCCCCUGCUCGAGAUUGCUUGACAGCUGCCGGCGUCCGCAAUACGCACGGAGAAUACCAACUACGCUACAAUCGAUUGUGCAGCGUUCAAAGGAACAACUCGUCUUGUUUCCCGCAUACAGCCGAUUUGCCUUGGGCAUUAACGCAGAUACAAUGUACGACGAGGACGAAAGCGCGAACGGAAGCGCACACAACAGAGCAGCAUGCUACAGAACGGAAGCUUUUCUUGUCAAUCCCUUAAUCGAAGGCCAUCUGGUGUGAGUUAAGGACAUCUCAGGAAUGCUUGGUUAAAACAACACUAUUAGGAAUAUUUCAAUUUCCACGCAUUAACGACAUCGCUUUGGAUCACAGAGAUCGCCGUAGAGCAGUAUCCGGUUGCCAUUCACGCUGCUGUAUACUACUGAAGGGGAUUCGAUAAAAAAGACACAGAGUAUCGACUGUUGAGGACCGCUCCCAAUACAGGGAGGAACAUUGUGGUGUGGCCUUAGUAGCACAUUUUAACGUGUUCAUCAUAAAACCUGCCGAGGCGUCGUAGUGAUCGCCGACCAAAAUUACUGUCGCGGGGAUUUCAUUCCCGCGUUAAAAACGUUGGCUUGAUACGUUAAGUUAUUCCUAUAUUGACGUCCUCUAGCGGCGCUUGCCUUUUUGCACUCCGUAGUAAAAAAAAUACGCUGAUGCUAUUGAUUUGUCAGAAGCACGUUGGAAGACCAUCCGACCAAAUCACCCGUCAAAGUUAGCAGUGACAUAUCAUAUAGGGAAACGAGAAACUAUAUCUUUCCAGGCGUUUUUGACGGAUGUGAUUCGCCCACUUCUUGCCGGGAUGGUAACGAUUUACGAGCAGAGUACCGACGUGUGAGGAAAAGAGGUGAGAUAAACGUCUUGUUUUAAGUAUCGGAAGAGGCGAGAACUUAACCUUAACGUAUAAUUCAGCCGGGCAUUAAAAAAUGCAUAUAUCCCUUAAAUAGGAAGAAGUUAAUUACGUGAAUAUUCAAUCAAUAAUUUGAGAGGAAUAGGUCACAUGGUAAAGUUCCAUUGGAUGUGGGAAUGUUCACAGUAAUGGUGAGUGGGUGUCUUGCUUGAUCUUCCAGUACAAAGAGCACGGUCUGAGUAAGCCCCUAUUGUAUAACUUGUUGGAAAAUAUUCCACCAAUCAAAGGCCGGGGCACAAGAAUAGAUCGGCUUACCAAUUAAAGGGUAUGAAGUCACUUUAAUACACUUUCAUUAAAAAGGAAGAGCAAUUUAAGCUGAAAUACUAAGUUCGAGAUAGCACACAAAAAGGAGAGGAAGGAUCUGGAAUUUAAUUUGGCAAACCGCUUAGAGAGGCAAUCAAACGCGCUCUCCCAAGAGUGUUUCUCUGGGAUUUGUCAUGCAGCAGCUCCAUCUAUUGAGAGAAGGGAACACCAUACAAAAGCCGGUGCUUAUUUUCUAACCCCAACAUACCCUUAUAAACAUUAGUGAUUAUUUGACAUCAAAGGCGAAGAUAUAAGAUACUGAUAGCAAGCCGCGCUUGAAAACGUUCGACUUGGAGCAGCUUGGCUGACUCUGGUAGUUGGAAUGCCAACUGACAGCUAUUGGAAUCGACAGUAAAAAUUGCACAAAAAGUAAACUUGGGAUUUCAACCGCAGGCACGUAAGUUAAAAGCAAUUCCAACAGGUGUUAUCAGUCAAUAUUAACUGCAAAUAGAAGGAAAUUGAAAUAUUGUGGACGAUUUUUUUGCAGUCUGGGUAAUUACACAAAAAGGGAUGUGGUUGCGGUAGCGUGUCUUAGCACGCAUUUGAAGGACGGGCGCCACUGGUAGUUUCCAGGAGCAUUCUGGCAGCCCGAUGAGGACAGGGAGACGAUUAGUUCCGCACCAACAUCACACAAGUUACCCCACCCCCACCAGCAAAGUGUCUCGUCCCCCGGUUCUCGCUGGCGCGCGUGAAGGAUACCCGGUUCCCAUUUUACUUUCUUUCGGACCCCUUCCAGGUGGUAAUACACGGGAUUUUCAUCAAGCGCCUUAUGAUGGUCUCGAGGCGGAACAACGCAACCGAGGCCGAGCGCACGGUCAAGUACACCCCCUGUGGCCAAGGAGACCACACGGACAGCAGUGACCACGAGCUCGAGCAGAUCGCCGUGGUCAGUAAAGACGGUAGAAAGGAAGAGACGAUUGCUCUCAAUGGGCCUCACACGCUCCCUGGGCCCACGUACCCUCGCAGUUCGCCCCAUGACAGGACUAAACUUAUAGGGGAGCGUCUGAGCGGGAGUAAAGGCAGGUCCCUAGAUGCCUCUCCCAUAUACUCUGGUAAGCACCCCAUGACGCCCCCGGGAGUGGCUCAAAAGUCUCGUACUCCCUCCAAGCAAAGUCUAAUAGACGUUGUAACCAGUAAAUUUGACCGCAUUAAGCGGAAGAGUACGAAGGAUGAAGUGACAUUCUUAAACCGUUCUCUCCGCUCGCGUUCGCAGGACGUUGUCACGCCGCGUUCAAUCCGGAAACAAAGGAGAAAAGAAAUCGAGGAGAAAUUUGGGAAAAGGAGCAUGAAAUAUGAAAAAGUGGAAACGUCCACAAAUUCCAGUGACAAAGAUGGUUGUGCGUGGACGUUCAUAUUUGACCCAUCAGGACGUUUGUGUUACUGGUGGUCCUCAAUAGUAAGUCUGGCGUUUCUGUACAAUUUCUGGGUGCCCAUCUACAGGUUCGCCUUCGCUGAAAUUAAUGAGAACAAUAUGGCGUUGUGGUUCACGCUGGAUUAUACAGCAGAUUUUAUAUACCUUCUAGACAUUGUGGUGCAUUUUCGGACGGGUUUUCUGGACGAAGGUGUCUUGCAGACUGACGUGACAAAGUUACGGCUUCAUUAUAUGAAUUCUACAAUGUUUUAUAUUGACUGUCUUUGCUUGCUUCCACUGGAUUUUUUGUAUCUUUCGAUCGAUUUUAAUUCAUUACUUCGUGGUUUUCGACUGGUAAAAAUCUACCGCUACUGGACAUUCUUGGAUAGAACGGAGAGGCACACAAACUACCCUAACGUUAUACGGACUAUCACUCUCCUUAACUACCUCUUGGCUAUCUUCCACUGGAACGCUUGUCUAUUUCACAUCGUUGCCGUAAAAAUAGACAUUAAACACCAGGAUUUCUGGGAACUCCGGACCCAGAACGGAUCGUCACCGGAUGCGGGGAUAGAGUAUAUGUCUGCGUUGUAUUGGAGCACCCUGAUGAUGACCACGACGGGGACGCUGUCCACGCGACCUCAGACCUCCGGUCAGUAUUUCUUCCUCAUCAUGCAGAUGAUCUGUGCUCUGCUCCUGUUUGCCUCGGUUCUGGGUCACGUGGCCAACAUCGUCUCCAACAUCAGCGCAGCGCGUAAGGACUUCCAAGCCAAACUAGACAGUGUAAAAACCUUUAUGAGCAUCCGAAGGGUCCCUCUGAAACUCCAGGACAGGGUCAUCAAAUGGUUUGACUAUCUUUGGAUGUGUAACAAGUCUGCCGACGAGGACAAAACGUUAAGUCUUCUGCCGGACAAACUAAAGGCAGAGAUAGCCAUUCAUGUCCAUUUGGACACGUUAAAACGGGUGGAAAUAUUUCAAAACACGGAGGCAGGCUUCCUGUGUGAGUUGGUGCUUCGGCUGCGUCCUGUGCUGUUCUCUCCUGGGGAUUAUAUAUGCAGAAAAGGCGAGGUGGGCAAAGAAAUGUACAUAGUGAAUCGCGGAAAGCUCCAGGUGGUUGCCGACAACGGAAAAACCGUCCUGGCCACUCUGAAACCAGGCAGCUACUUUGGGGAAAUCAGCAUCCUUAACAUGGGCACUGCCGGAAACAGACGAACAGCUUCGGUAAGGUCCGUCGGCUACUCGGACCUGUUUUGCCUUUCCAAGACGGACCUCUGGGAUGUCCUUCGAGAUUACCCCGCCGCCAGGGUGCGCCUUGAAGCCAUUGCUGUAAAGCGGUUGGAAAAAUACAAAAAGGCACCUAUUGAACAAGCCUCAAUGAGCCGAAGUCGUAGCACUCCCGGUCUAGUCGAGUCUUCGGGAAAAAUUCCCCUGGAAGCCAUGAUGAUUCAGCGUCAUUAUACACUUCCGGUUGGCCUCAUUUCUCAUUCUCCUUCCUGUGGUGCUGCCCAUGCGCAUAGUAUGCAAUCCUUACACAGUGACAGUGAUAACAAUGCAAACCACGGAGAUGCUCAAAGCUGUCGGGCCGCGUCACAACAAGAGGGGCUUCUGCAGUUGAGGUCGUUAUCAAGGUCGCCCAUACCGCCGCCGCUGCAGCAUAUUAAUAACUCACACUCUUGCCCGCCUUCUCGUAGCGGCUCCCCCUCCAACAUUCGUGUAUCUCCUUCCAUGACUCCGAUUUCCCCGAGGAGCGUUCAAAGUGCGAUCCAGCCAUCGGAUUUAGCGGGGCGCCUGCUGGAGCCAAACAAACAAAAACAUUUCUCAUCCACGGCGCCACCGUCGCCGAAUUAUCUGAACACAUCGUCGUUCCAGCUGCCAGCCUCGACUUCGAUGAACUUUUUUGCCAAUGCGUCGUCGCCAUUUACGUUACAACCGCCUAAUUUUCUUCAUCCCACAACUGCGAAUUUCCCUACAAUGGCCCCCAGUCCGACAUUGACAGUACCCAUGAACAGUUUGGCCGGAAGCAGCACAGGAUCUGUCGGUGCCAGAAAUCAGCUUCCAGCCCCUGACGCCCUUUUGGCGGAACUGACGCGGCUGCGCGAAAGGGUGGCGGCACUGGAGUCAGAAAACGCGUCGUUGAAUGUCAAGGUCAAUCAGCAGCAAUGGGAAGUGGAGUCACGCCUGACGGAAAUAGAGUUGCAAAUUCAGGCAGGAAGUGACGAAGAAAGUGAUACCUGUCCCGCAGAAAUUGAAGACAGGAAUAAAGAGUCCGUGAUAUGACAUAGGGGUUAGAAGUGCGUGAAGCAGAGUUAAGAGGGAAAAUAUGUCUUUCUCUCUACUAGUACGGUUUUUAGGGCUGAGCUCGAUCAGUUUUAACGAAACAGAAAGACGAAUCAUGACGUUUUCUAAGACAUGCAGUGAGGAUCGUCGUCGAGUCAGAUCCAACUAUGCACAAGAAACAAGUGAAGUGGAAUUAUGGGUAAAAUGGUGGUCAAGCUAUCUGGAAACCAUAUAGCUGCCUAACAUGCGAUCUUCAUAGCUAUAUUGCUGUUCAAUUACUCAUUAGACAGUGGAAGUAUUGAUACAAACAAUGCUUUUUUGCUGCUGAAAAGACACAGUACAGGGAAACGUGUUUCUUUGUAGUUAUGGCCGGCAGAAAAAACAGCUGUAAGCCAAACAAAUCUACGUUGUAAAUAGUUUCUCUUUUAUUGAGGGAAAUACUUUCAUUUUUUAAAUAGAAAUCAUUGCUUCCUCUACUGAGAUGAAAGCGUUGGUGACUUUAUACAUUCCGCAGAUCGGUUGUGAACCUCUAGAAAAUGAAAACUGAAACCAACCGCGGGGAAUGGCACACGUGCAGCCACUGCUUUGAUUACUACAUCUGAUAGAGACACUCACGUCGUCCGUAUACCUAAAACCCCCUUUACACUGG